CUACGUCAUCUAACAUGGUAGCGUCCACAAAACCGCGCGUGCGAAGGUAUUCUUACCAAAUUGGCUACGAUACUCCGAUCAAGGCGAAAAAAUGAUAUAAAGUUGGUAAAUCUGGUAAAAAUAAUAAUGAUAAUAAUAAUACACGUUUUCAUUAUUUAAAGACCGUCGAUUGAUUAAUUAAGACUGAAAACCGACCGUUUUAAAUCGGCCGCCGAUCGUUUGGAACAUAUCCACUGACUACCUCCUCAGUCGAUGCUUAGUGGGAGACGGGAUGGCGGAAUUUGUCGCAGAAGAUGUAUCUGAUUAUUCUGACACUGGCACUCCGGAGUUAACGGACUGUGAGGAAGAAGAAGAAGAAGUAGAAGCAGACGCAGACAUAUUUUUGUCGAAAAAUGGAACAAUCUCUUGGUCCAGACGCCGGCUUGAGAGUGUAUGUCCAGGCAAGCUGCCCAGAGAGCUCAAGCUCAUGUCAGGACUAACAAGGAUGGCUAGUUCUCAAGCAAAGGAUGUAAUAUCUACAUUUAAGCUGUUCAUUCCGCACUCGAUUGAAAAGAUUAUCAUGGAAAGUACAAACCUGGAGGGAAGGCGGAGGUUUGGCGAUCAGUGGGUUGAGAUGGAUAGCACCGAGUUCAAUGCCUAUCUUGGGCUGCUGAUUCUUAUCGGAUUGUACAAGUCGAAGGGAGAAGCUGUUGCCAAUCUUUGGAAUUUUGAUACUGGAAGGCAUAUAAUUUCUGGCACAAUGGAGCUUGAGAGGUUUCGUGCUAUCUCGGUAGCAAUUCGCUUUGCCAGACACGAAACAGAAGUUGCGGAGAUCGCCGAAGACAAAUUAGCGCCAAUCAGAGAUAUAUGGGAAUUAUGGGUGGACAAGCUGGGUUUGCUGUUCAACCCUGAUCAGGAUAUCACUGUUGCCGAGAGGCUGAUUCCGUUCAAAGGUCACUGUCAUUUCCGACAACACGUGCCAAACAAGCCAGGGAAAUAUGCUAUUAAAUUAUGGCUGGCCUGUGAUUCCGUUUCCAGCUAUGUCUGGAAUGUACAGCUGUCCACAAGAAAGACUGCAGGAGAAUCCAAGAAGAAGAAUCGGGGUAUGAGAGUGGCGCUGGAUCUGACAAAGGGGCUGAGAGGUCACACCCUCUUUUGUGACAGUUUUUUUACCUCUUAUGAGCUUGGCCAACUGCUGCUGAAAAGAAAAAUGUCAAUGGUGGGUGCUGUGCAUCGUAGCAGGCCGGAACUGCCACUCGCUCUGUGCUCAGCCAAAGCUAGACAAGUGUGCUCCUCAAAAUGGGUGUUCACCCCCAGCACCACACUUGUCUCCUACAUACCAAGGAAGCAUAAGAACGUCGUCUUCAUGAGUACCUUCCACAAAACUGUUGGGCUGGCCCACACCAAAAAGGAACCUCGGAUCAUACUGGAAUACAACAGGUCAAUGGGAGCGGUUAAACGGCUGAAAAAAUGCACUGAUGCCUACAGUUGCAGACGAGAAACAACGCGCUGGCCCCUUGCGCUGUUUUUUGACAUGCUGGAUCUCUCACUCCACAAUUCAUUUGUUAUUUGGACUAAGGUCAGCUCUACACCAGACACUCAAAAAUUAAAUAAAAGAUCAUUGUUUUUGCAGGCAUUAGGAGAAGCCCUAGUUACUCCCGCAGCACAGAAGAGGUCACCUUUGUCCCAUAAUCCCUUUGCAGGAUCAAUUGUGAGGGGUAUUUCACAGGCUGCCUCUGUAUUCACUGCCUUAGAGUCAAGGGAAGUGACGGAGGGAACGAGAAAAAGAUGCCGGUUUUGCAAAUGCAGCGACGUCAAGACAUUGUCGGUUUGCGGCAAGUGUGGAAUAAACGUUUGCAAAAGUCACGUGGCUAUCAACUGCCAAGCCUGCACAAAAUAAUGUAUGUCGUUUUCUUAUUCACGGCCUUCCGGUGACGCUACAUCACCAGCCCUAUAGGCGUUUAUAGCGUUAGUAGCCUGUGUAGUUUAGUUCUUUAGAAACUUUGGGGGGGUUUUUUUUGUUCUUGGUUGUUUGCUGCCUUGUUUUCUUGCAAUAAUUGCAAUUUUCACUGCAUAAUUCUGUCUUGUUAAAAAGAUUUUUUUCAAAUUGUUCAUGUUUAUUACAUUGCCAUUGCUAUUGUAACAUGCAGGGUGGGCACACAGACAUACUAUGUACGAUGAUUAACAUUUAACACUACACUUGACAUUACAAUACAGCAGAGUUACAUUACAAUACAUGCGCCUACGGAGAACCACGUACAUGGCUGGCAUCAGUCCAACCUGCUUUGCUACCCGCUGUUACCUCAGCAGUGCAUUAAAGCUGCUAAAUGCGCUCAUCAUUAAAGCUAUAAGUUUGCCUGUUACCACAGAAUUUCCAUUGAAUAAGUGUGUGAGAGAAUGUUUAGGCUGGAAUCUGGGCUUAUUGUACGUUGAUCGGCGGUGCCAGUGUGUGUUCCUGCGUGUUGGGACCAGUGUUAUCCUAAACAGAAAGACAUCCAUCCAUUUUCCAAACCGCUUAUCCUACUGGGUCGCGGGGGGUCCGGAGCCUAUCCCGGAAACAACGGGCACGAGGCAGGGAACAACCCAGGAUGGGGGGCCAGCCCAUCGCAGGGCACACUCACACACCAUUCACUCUCGCAUGCACACCUAUGGGCAAUUUAGCAACUACAAUUAGCCUCAGCAUGUUUUUGGACUGUGGGGGGAAACCGGAGUACCCGGAGGAAACCCCACGACAACAUGGGGAGAACAUGCAAACUCCGUGCACGUGACCCAGGUGGAGAUUUGAACCUGGGUCUCAGAGGUGUGAGGCAACGGUGCUAACCACUGCACCACCAUGCCGCCCGCCUCUCACUAAUUUAAGCUUAAACUAUUCUGCUUAUCGAAAUGUGGGCGUAAAUGAUUUACGGCAUAGUGCCGAAACUCAUUUAUCUCCUCUUUUCUUAUUUUGAACUGCAAUUUUUCAAUGGACUUCCGUAGAACGUAAACCUAAAACGUAUGAGCUAAAAUGUGACCAAAUUGCAGUGCCUUUCUGAGACUUAAUCAUAUUUCUCCAUUCACAUAAGGAGAAUAAGUCGAGGCAUUUAUUUAUAGAGAACUUUAAAAAACAACAGGAGUUAUGCCGACGUGCUUUCCAGUGAAUGUGAAUCAAUUUACAAUAACAAUAUACCAGAAUGAAUAAGAGAUUAAACAAUCAAUGAACAUCAAAAAAACCAAAGAUAUUUUAGCGCUAGCGAGGUGGCUCCCAGUAACGGAGCCCAGUAAGUGCGCUGCGCAUGCUGGGAGCGCGUGUAUUUAGCCCUUGAUUGUGUCCUGUUGUAAGUAGCUGUGUAAUUGUAGCGUAAAUGUCUGUGUUCCCGAGUUGGCAUAUACCCUAUCCUGUGUUGUAUGUGUAACGCAGCUGACAUGUAGGUGUCCGCCGUGUGUCCUUUACUGCCCUUGGCGUAACUUCCCCGUGUUUCUCCGCCGUCCCUCCAACCCGCGUUUCGUGUCAGUUCGCUCCUUCUCGUGUUUAUUCGCCGUCAUCCCGACGCCUCGGGCUGCUGGGCGCCGCGGUAGGAAUGAUUAAAGGCAAGAAAACCACCGAAACAAUACAAGGGAACAAAUUAAAAAUAAAAAAACGAGCAACAUCUUAGCCUCAAGCUGAGUGAAAUCACAGAUAAAUGCCUAAUUUCAGACUGAAAUAAGAGCAGCUAAUAGUAUGCAUCACGAAGUUAAAACCAAGGAAAGCCACCGUAUAAAAAUCAGUUUUCAAUCUAGGUUUCAAAGUUUCCAAGCGGUCUGCAGAUUUAACACAUGCAGUAGUAAUCUAACCUGUAGUAGUAAUAAAUAAUAAUCGAUACUUUAUUGAUCCCUGUGCAGAAAUUGGCUUUACGCCUCCCUCAACUUGGAGCGCCGCAAUGUCGAUAUGGCCAGUGUGAAAUAGGACGUUCUUGCCUAACUCGCAUGGAAAGCCAUCAAGGCCAAGACAUUUUAGUCCAAAUGGUCUUCCAUAAACGUGGUCGUUGCUCGUGUAACUCUUUUAAACCCUCGUGUAAACCCUUUUUUUUGUCUAGCAGAAACCUUGCACAUCCGUGCGCAUUGACCGCCUAUGUGCGUUAUAUUUUUUGGGAUUGUUCCAGUAGGUGGCAGCACUGAGUUUCAGAGAUCAUCGAUCGACAACUAAGGAGUAGAGGAAGAAUAGCUGUAGUAGUUAUGGUAAGUAGGUGUAUGAGGAGUGUCGGAGGUAGUAGUGAAUAAUGUCUGAAGUGAAUCAAUUAAAUUUAAAAAUGAACUAUAAUGUUUUUAAAUUAGAGUCAAAUUGACCCCAAACAUGAAUAGAGCAUGCAGGAGUUUAACAGUUCACUAGGGGUUUAAUAAAAAUAAUAUAUGCCUACAAAACAUUUGGUCGACAUAUCCUUAGCAUUUACUUAGAUUAACACGCAUUUUUUUCCAUUCUAGAUGACUUAUAAUUGUCUAAAG